ACGAAGGCUUAUUCCAUGCUUUAUAAUUCUGAGAAUAUUAUGUCAGGAAGGAUGUGGAAGAAGCUAGUAGUAGGGCAUGGCAUGAAUCCCUUCAUCAGCUCUCAAAAUAACUCCUUUUGUGAACACGUCGAUCAGGAGACCAUUAGCUGCAGUUGUGGAGAGGAGGAGAAAGAGUUUGCUUGGGUAUGGAGCACACGGGAACAAGGUGGACAGGCUGGGAGUGUGGUCCUGGGGCCAGAGCAGAGGCAGAUAAGCUUCAAUCCAGAGUAUAGUUCUGGAACAACAGCUGUUCGUGGAUGUGAGUCCCUUCCAAUUGGCCACCAUCACUACUGGGAGUUGAAAAUGACCUCUGCUGUUUAUGGAACAGAUAUUAUGGUUGGUGUGUGCACUGCCAAAUUUGACCUCAAAUAUGCAGUUCACCGAUUCUGUUCCCUCCUCGGUCGGGAUCACGAGUCGUGGGGCUAUUCAUACACAGGAGGUGUCCAGCAUGGAGGAAAGUUCAAGCCCUAUGGUCCACGUUGGGGCAAGGGCAGCAUCGUGGGUCUUCACCUGGAUUCUUGGCGUGGAACCCUGGAAUUUUACCUCAACAGAAAACCUCUAGGUGUGGCUUUUGUGGGACUUCAGAACAAGGAAGUGUAUCCCAUUGUGACAUCCACCUCAGCACACUCAGGCAUGAAGCUGGUCUCAAGUUUUACAUUUCCAGUCAGUCUUCAGUGUCUUGCUUCUGAAGUCGUAUGCAAACAGUUAUGUGAAAAGAUGAAGGUUCGAGUAGAGGAUCUGCCAUUGCCCCCUGGCCUCCGUACCUUUCUAAAGAACAAUUACUGGCCAUUUAUGCGUUCUGUUGGCGCAGGGUAUGACAGGACUAGCUUCAAGGCAGGUGGUUUAUGGUGUGCAUGCAACUCCAAACGUGCCCAUGAGGAUGACCCAGUAGAAACUAAGAGGUCCAAGAGAUUAAGAUGGAACCUGUACACACCGCCUGCCAUGUUGCGAGCCAGGUUUCCAUCAAGUUCCUCGGAUAGUUCUUCAGAUGGUAGCUCUUCUCCUAAUUCCCAGCUCUCUUUUCCAGAUCUAGGUAGUUCACAGUCAGGAAGACAACUUAUUGUUGCUCAGCCAAAUACAACAACUACAUCCAUUUCUUCUCAUACUAUUUCUUCAACACCUACCACAUCUUCUGCUGCCUCUUCCUCUUCUCCCACUUCUUCUGAGCCUAGUUCUUCCUCCUCAUCUGCUUCACCAUCCCCUCCAUCCUCCUUGCUCCAAUGAAUUAAGUUCUCUUAACAGAACUACAUUGCUAAGUUCACAGACUUCUUUUGUGUCAUUGGCUGGUGCAUUUUCUGUCACCAUAUAGCAGUUUUCACCUCAGAAAUUAUGUGAAUUAUUUGGACAAAUAAUUGAAUAUCCCCCCAAAUCUAGUUAGGCAGAGAUGAUAAAAAUAUAAUUAUAGUAAGUUUUUUACAUGUUAUAGUUUUUUUCUUUUUCUUUUUCUUUCUUUCCUUCUUUGUGGCAAUGGUUACUGUAACAGUUUACUUAUGGCAAAACAGAAGCAUUUUACUCAAUCAUUAUUUAUUCUUGCUUUUCUUCUACUUCUUUGUAUCAUGUUUAGGUAAGAUUGUGUGUUUGUGUACAUGUUCAUGUGUAGGGUGAACAUAUAUAUGUACAUGUAUAUCCAGGCAUGGUUUUCAUGCAUAAUUUUGUUACUAUAUACAUCAGUAAAUAAAUACACUUCAAGGAUUUCCAUUCUUGAGAACAAA